AUGGGGAAAAGUUGGAGAGAGGAACUUCAAAGCAUGCUUCGAAAUUAUAAAUGCGCACCUCAUGCUACAACUGGCAAACCACCAGCUACGUUAUUAUUUAAUAGAAAUAUCAAAAUCGAUCAAAAAGGAAACUAUUUUGCGCGUAAUAUACAAUUUAUAAAAAAACUCUUAAAACCUGAAGCCGAAAGUAUACUACGUGAAACACCAGUAAAUGAUAUCGAAAGAAAAAUAAUUAAAAAAAAACCACAUCCAAAGCGAAUUAAUAGCCCUAUAAAUUAUUCAAAUGUUGCAAAAACUUUAAAUAAUUCUGAACUUCAAAAUUUAGUUCAAUCGGUUUUUGUUCCUAGUAAGAAGUUUAUUUUUUCUAAAAUCAAAAAUGGACGAAGUUUUCAAUUUAUAUGGAUAGAAAAAUUUCCAUUGCAUACAUACUCAAAUAUAUUUGAUGGAGCUUUCUGUUUACCAUGUGUACUUUUUGGGCACAAUUUUUCAUCUGAAUGUAGUUUGGUUAAAAGAUUAUUUAGUAAGCCUUAUGAUCGCUGCAAUGGUGCUUCUCAAUACUUUCAGAAAUAUAUGUUUGGCAAAAAUAAUAAGUCUGUCUGCAGAAAUAAAGGUUUACAUUUCAAUCACAUUUCCAAAAAUCGACAGUUUUUGCAACCUUUUAUUGAAACAAUUAUUCUUUGUGGGCGUCUUGGGCUUUCUUUACGUGGGCAUAGAGACGACUCUAAGUUUCAUCCUGAAAUUGGUGAAUUUUCUAAUCACACUGCAGGAAAUUUUAUUGAAUUGCUACAUUUCCGUGUUCAAGCUCAAGGUGAUAAAGUUCUUGAAGAUUAUCUCAAGUAUCAUCAACAAAAUGCUUCCUACAUAUCUAAGACAUCACAAAAUCAACUAAUAAAGUGUUAUGGAGAAGUUGCUACUGACGCAAUAAUUGGAAAAAUUAAAAACUCUAAGUAUUUUUCUAUUAUAGCUGAUGAAGCCUCAGCCAGUAAUAACAAAAAACAACUAUCAUUAGUAAUACGAUUUGUUGAUUCCAAGUUCAAUAUAAAAGAAGAAUUUAUUAGUUUUUUACAUUGCAUUAACGGUGUUACUGGUCAAGGAUUAUUUAGUGUUUUGUUAAAAAGUAUUUCAGAUUUUUCGUUGGAUAUCAUUAAAUGUAGAGAUCAGUCAUAUGAUGAUGCUGGGGCAAUGUCUGGAUAA